UCGCCUAUCUCCCAGGCUCGGGUCGUCCCGUGUUUAUAGUUUGCUCUCCUCUUUAUUCCCAUCGUUCCCCUUUUCCGGAAUCGAUCACAGGCAGCCCAGCGCAAUGGCAGCGAUACAGAAAAUUCUCAACCUGCGUGCACCGAUCGGGACGUUCGUCCGGGGCAUCAGCACCAGUGUGCCGAGGUUCGAAAUCUUCAAGGUGCAGUCGCCGGAAGAGUUCAACGAGAAAGUUCGCAACAGCAAGGACCCGGUGAUCGUGGACUUCUUUGCAACGUGGUGUGCACCGUGCCGUAUGCUGACCCCACGGAUCGAAACCGUGAUUGGGGAAAACGAGGGCAAAAUAAAGCUGGCUAAGGUUGAUAUUGACGAGCACACGGACCUGGCGCUGGACUACGAAGUCCAGUCCGUCCCGGUGCUGCUGGCCAUUCGUGACGGGAAGGUGGAGCAGCGGCUGGUCGGUCUGCAGGACACGGACAAGCUGCGAACGUGGGUGCAGAACGUGGUGGGAAAGACGAAAUGAUGCUGAUCCUGCCGGUAGCCACGAUGUGUUGGAGCUCAUUUUCAUCCCUCAUCCAUUAGAUGGAUCGAGUACAGCGUGUGUGUGUUUUUUCUGUGUAUAUGUUAUUCAUUUUUCCUUCCGGAACGGGGAAUGACGCUAUCUUCGUUAGGACAAAAGAAACAAAACCGUGUAAAGUGCGUUAGUUAGCCAACCUCAUCUUUCCAUAGCCUGGAAUAAAGCGGUCACAAAAAGUGUAA